UCAGUUUCGCCAGCCCGGAGCGCGUCUCCGCAUCUCAGAAGCAGCGGCAGCAGCGCGAGCAGCACGCCAACUUCCCCGGCUCCUCCGCAUCCUCGCCUCCAGCAUCAUGGGGAGCAGCAGCAGCAGCAGCAGCGCUCACUUGGCGUGGCACUUGUGCCUCGCGCUCGCUUUCCUGCGCCUGCGCGGCCUCGCGGGGGGCAGCGGGAUCCCAGAUGCUGACGAAUGUACAGAAGGGACAGAUGACUGCCAUAUCGACGCGAUUUGUCAAAACACGCCGAAGUCUUACAAAUGCAUUUGCAAACCUGGUUAUAAAGGAGAAGGAAAACAGUGUGAAGACAUUGAUGAGUGUGAAAAUGACUUCUACAAUGGAGGCUGUGUACACGAAUGCAUCAAUAUUCCAGGCAACUAUCGGUGUACUUGCUAUGAUGGAUUCAUGCUGGCUCAUGAUGGACACAACUGCCUUGAUGUUGAUGAAUGUCUGGAUAACAAUGGAGGAUGUCAGCAGAUUUGUGUCAAUACAAUGGGAAGUUAUGAAUGUCAGUGCAAAGAAGGCUUUUUCCUGAGUGAUAACCAACACACAUGUAUUCACCGCUCCAAUGAGGGUAUGAACUGUAUGAACAAAGAUCAUGGGUGCGCACAUAUCUGCCGGGAGACACCCAAAGGUGGGGUUGCCUGUGAAUGUAGGCCUGGCUUUGAACUUGCCAAAAACCAGAAGGACUGCAAAUUAACCUGUAACUAUGGAAAUGGAGGCUGCCAACACACCUGUGAUGACACAGAUACUGGUCCUGUCUGCGGUUGUCACCAGAAGUAUGCCCUACACUCUGACGGCCGAACGUGUAUUGAGAAGGAUGAGGCUGCAAUUGAGAGUUCUGAGUUCAAUGCCACGUCAGUAGCUGAUGUGGACAAGCGGGUGAAACGGCGGCUACUUAUGGAAACAUGUGCUGUCAAUAAUGGAGGCUGUGACCGCACUUGCAAGGAUACAGCAACAGGAGUACGCUGCAGUUGCCCCGUUGGAUUUACCCUGCAGCCUGAUGGGAAAACAUGUAAAGAUAUUGAUGAGUGUCUGGUAAACAAUGGUGGCUGUGACCACUUCUGCCGUAACACAGUGGGCAGCUUUGAAUGCAGCUGCCAGAAGGGCUAUAAACUACUAACGGAUGAACGAACCUGCCAAGAUAUAGAUGAAUGCUCAUUUGAAAGGACCUGUGACCAUACCUGUAUCAACUAUCCUGGAAGUUUUGAAUGCCUGUGUCAUAAAGGUUACAUGUUGUAUGGGAUGACACACUGUGGAGAUAUUGAUGAAUGCAGCAUCAGCAAUGGGAGCUGUGACUAUGGAUGUCUUAAUACAAUGGGGACCUAUGAAUGUGUAUGUCCUCCUGGGAAGAAGUUGCAUUGGAAUAAAAAAGAUUGUAUUGAGACAGUGAAAUGCCUGCCAAAUGCCAAACCAGCUCCAAAGGCUCAGUUGGUGUGCAGCAAAUCAGGAGGAAUGGAGAGCUGUUUCUUAUCUUGUCCAUCCAACACACUUUUUGUCCCAGACUCAGAAAAUAGUUAUUCAUUAAGCUGUGGAGUUCCAAUACAGCAGGGCAAGUUACAACAAAAGCGUAACAGUACACUUCCUAGUUGUGCAGACAUACUAGCACCUCCAAUCAAACAGAAAGCUCGGUUUAAAAUCAAGGAUGCAAAGUGUCACUUAAGGCCCCGUAGCAAAGAAAAAAUAAAGGAUAUUGGAAAGCAGCUGGCUGUUAUAGGAGGUCAAUUCCCUUGUACAGACAACUGCCCAGUAGCCUUUGUGAAUUUGAAGUGUGACUCCUCUAAGAAAAAACGCCGUGGACGAAAAUCACCAUCAAAGGAAGUAUCACACAUCACCGCUGAGUUUGAAAUGGAGAUGAAGUCUGAAGAAGUCUCAGAUACCUGUAACGUUGACUGUUUGCGGAAAAGGAUGGAGCAGAAGCUACAAACAGCAAUCAAGACUUUGAGGAAAUCUAUUAACAAACAACAAUUUUACAUUCAGUUUUCUGGGAUCGAGUAUGAAGUGGCUCAGAAGGCAGCUAAAGCUAUCCCUGAAGGACACGAACCCUGCAGUACAGGACAAGUGCAGCAGGACGGAAAAUGUGUUACCUGCAGCACUGGUACCUAUUACAGUGGGGAACAUAAUCAGUGCGUUCCUUGCUCACCAGGAACAUACCAAGACACAGAAGGUCAACUGUCCUGUGAACCUUGCCCAAGCAAUGAUGGACAAGGCAUAGCCGGUGCACGGAAUGUCUCAGAAUGUGGAGGGCAGUGUUCUCCUGGACAUUUUUCUUCUGACGGCUUUAAACCUUGUAGAUUGUGUCCACUCGGCACCUAUCAGUCUGAGCCAGGAAGGACCCUCUGUUUUCCAUGUGGUGGAGGACUGGGGACCAAACAUGAAGGUGCAGUGUCAUUUCAUGACUGUGAAACAAAGGUUCAUUGUUCUCCUGGUCAUUACUACAACUCUACAACUCACCGAUGUAUCAGAUGUCCUGUUGCAACGUAUCAGCCUGAGUUUGGUCAGAAUUAUUGCAUUACCUGUCCUGGAAAUACAAGUACAGAUUUUGAUGGCUCUACCAAUGUUACACACUGUAAAAAUCAACAAUGUGGUGGAGAACUUGGGGAUUACACAGGCUACAUUGAGUCUCCCAAUUACCCUGGAGAUUACCCAGCCAGUGUUGAAUGUAUUUGGAAUAUAAGUCCACCUCCAAAGAGACGGAUCCUUAUAGUGGUGCCUGAGAUAUUCCUCCCAAUCGAAGAUGAGUGUGGGGAUGUUUUAGUAAUGAGAAAAAGUGCUUCACCCACAUCCAUUACUACCUAUGAAACUUGCCAGACAUAUGAAAGACCUAUAGCAUUCACCUCCAGAUCGCGAAAGUUAUGGAUACAGUUCAAAUCAAAUGAAGGCAACAGCGGCAAAGGAUUCCAAGUACCCUAUGUAACCUAUGAUGAGGAUUAUCAACAGUUAAUAGAAGACAUUGUUCGAGAUGGACGUUUAUAUGCAUCAGAAAACCAUCAAGAAAUUUUAAAAGACAAGAAGCUUAUUAAAGCCCUUUUUGAUGUAUUGGCACAUCCACAAAACUAUUUCAAGUACACAGCACAAGAAUCAAAGGAGAUGUUCCCAAGAUCAUUUAUAAAACUACUUCGAUCGAAAGUUUCCAGAUUUCUACGACCAUACAAAUAACUUCCUAGCGCUUUUCAAUUUUUUUGUUUUCCCUUUGCAUUCCUGUCAGAUAUUGUAUUGUCUUCGACAGUAGAAACAUUUUUGCUAAUUUGAAGACUCCUUGAUAGUCUUUAUCUUAAAUUGUAUAUUGAAGAAUAACUAUAAUGUUUUAUAAUCUCCAAUAUUUUGAAUGGGAUUUUUUUUACUUUGAAGAAGAAUAUUGGAUUCCAGAGUGCAUCAAGUUGAAGAUCCAAAUUUAAGCCUGCACUACUUUAUCUUCAGUUAUGAUGAGAAGCAGCUGUUUAGAAAUGUAUUUCAAAACAUUUUCUAGUGGAAAACUGUUCUUCCUCAGCAAAGAAGAAACCUGGUCAAAGAAACUACCUGCAAAGAAGAAUUAUGAUAGAAAGGAGUAUGUAGUAUAAAUAAUACUUGGAUUUUGAAUUGCACUUGAACUUUAUAUGUGAAAUUUUAAUGGGAAAUCUAAAUAUCAUACUUUCCCAUUGGUGGUUUUAUGGAGACUUUGUUCUAGAUCUAAGCCAAAAAAGAAGAAUGGGAUGAAAUGGGGGUGUAAUUUUGGUUGAUGGAUUAAGCAAGUUCUAUGCUCACAAUCUACUAUUUCAUUGCCCCUUUUAAAACUUUUUCAUUAGUUUUACUGAUGUUUAACAUUGCCAGUGCAAUGUCAGGUUUAUAGAUCAAUAGUGAUUUCUCUUUAAAAAAUUACAAUAGAAUGAAAGAGAUUAAAGGACAAAUCUUAAUGCUUAAUUUUACUACUCCUGAUAGAAGAUCUAAACAAUAUAAUAUAAAUAUAUGCAUCUUUUUUCCGGGUACUUCAGUAUUACAAUAACUAUAACAUAUAGAUCAUGUAAAUACCAUUCAGACAAUAAUCUGUUCCAUUACAAUUCAGAAUUGUUUGUACAUAGUGGCACGUGAAGUCAGGAUACGCUUGGUAGCUGUUGAAAACAGAACUCUGCACAUGUGCAGAGAGAUUUCUCCAGUGGUUUAUAAUGCAGCAUAUUUUGCAAGAAUUGGGCCAUAUUAAUGGAUUAUGGCUAUGCUUUUUAUCCUUUCAUUUUAUAAGAAUUCUUGUUUGUUUAUCUCAUACCUGAAAUAGAUUGAAAUUGCAUGUUGAAAAUUAUCCUCAUCAGAUCUAUCAUGGUCAGAGCACAAGAUGCCAGGAAGUGAGAAAAUGGGUAUGAAAUAUUUUGUUGCUUCCAUAUUUUUUGAUAGACCAAUGGGAGUCUACUGGUGGUUGGCUCACAAUUAUUGGACAAUUUAUCUAAUACAAUAUGACUUGGCCUUGUAUAUCACCUCCUAUAGAUUUUAUCAUUAUGAUUGCCUUAGAGAGUACGAUGACCAACCUGUUACCAAUGUCAUUUAUGCUGAAAUACAUUUUUUUUAAAAGCCAUAUAGAUUGCAUUUUUAAAAAAUCAUAUACACAUAACAUAGCAUAAACAAAGAAAAGUAAAGAAAAUCUUAUCCAUUAACAUCAUUUGUUAGUUAUCUAACAAUGCUAAAAGGGAAUGGAUAUAUUGACGAAAUACUGUAUAUAUAUGCAGAAUCAAUACCUAUCCUAUCAUCACCUGUGUUAAGGCGUAGUGGUGGCACAAUGGGUUAAGCCUGCUGACCUGAAGGUUGGGUUGCUGACCUGAAGAUUGCUGGUUCAAAUCCAUGAGACAGGGUGAGCUCUUCUCUGUCAGCUCUAGCUUGCUGUGACAUGAGAGAAGCCUCCCAGCUAGCACAACCGGGCAUCCCCUGAGCAAUAUCUCUGUAGACAGCCAAUUCUCUCACACUAGAAGCGACUUGCAGUAUAUUCUUUAGUUGCUUCUGACUCGAUAAAAGAAAAUUACCCAUAUUAUGACCUUGCUUAUUAUCUGUUUUGCUAUUACUAACCUGCUGUACCACCUGUCAGGGUACCAAAUUAAUACUAUUUCUGAUAGAAAAUUACAAAAUUGGCUCAAAACAGAAUUUAAGGACUUCAUUACACCAGCCUGCUGGCUCCUAUCAAUCGUAUUGUUGAAGCAAACAAGAACAUACUGGUCUGAAAACAAUUACUAUCACACCUAUCUGCAAUUACACUAUUGUGUUCCUGUCCUUUUCCUGUCUUGCCUCUAUUUUGCCUUCCCCUUCCCCCCUGCCAUAGGCUUUGCCAAAUGUCUUUCUACCCCCCAAAAGAUGUUUUAAAUCAGAGAAGAGGACAUGUCUCUCUCUCUCUUUUUCUCUAUCUGCAUACCCCUUGCUGUGUAAGGCUAGCAAUCAGGCAGACAGGGAUGCAGAGCGAUUGGCCCAAAGAGAGGGGAUGGGCAAUCAGGCAGAGCUUCCUUCUCUUUUCCCUGGGACAUAUUUUUCUGUACAUAAAACCAACCUCAACCUGCUUAGGAUCUGCAUGAGGAAGGAAAGGAAUGAAAAAGAGAGUUACACCCACUCACUCAAGCAGCAAUACAGGGAGCCAUUGAUAGUAUUUCCCCAUCAAAAUAAUAAUAAUAACAACAACAACAACAACAUUGUAUUUAUUACCAUCCUCUCCUUUUGUCUCAAGGCGGGCCACAACUAUAAAAUCACAUAUUAAAACGUAGGUAAAAUGCAACCAUAGAAACAUAUAUUAAAACAUAAGCAUAUUAAAAUGCCUGAGACAAAGUUAAAGCACAAUAAACAUAGUAUGUGAUUUUAAAGUUAUCGUUAAAACUGACUGGGUAGACCUGCCAGAAGAGAUCAGUCUUCAGUUGUGUUUUAAAUUCUGACUGCUCAUUUAGCUGUCAGAGCUCUUCCAGCAGGUCAUUCCACUGUCUUGGGUGGCCAAUAAAAAGAUCCUCUGGAUAAUGAUUGCCAUUUGGGUUCUGGCUGGUUGGAGUAGCGGCCCCGCACCCCACAAAGGACCUAAGUGUCCAAAGGGGUGAAUUUUGUACAGAAGAAGGCGAUUCUGUAGGUAACCUGGACCCAAACCAUGUAGGGCUUUAAAAGGCACAACCAACAUUUUGUACUUUGCCUGGAAUUGGCAAGCAAAGGAAUGGUUUUAGUAUAGGGGUGAUAUGCUCAUUCCUGGAAGUUCCUGUAAGUAUUCUGCUUAGGAAUUGCAGACUUCACUAACAAAUUAAAUUCAAAACAUCAACAGGAUGGAAAUGGCAUCAUGUGAUGAGUUACAGCUACUGACACUAUAAUUGUACUCCAAUUGUGAUUUACGGGCUUCAUGUGAUAAAGUCCUAAGAGAGACUUGGACAUCUGCCUAUCACCUCCUUUCUUUUAGCACAACAAUGGUGGAUCCAGUUCUAGAACUGUGUUUUUUUUAAAUGUGGCUCACAGCAUACAUCACUGGAAAAGGAAUUUAUUAACAUUCUUGAUAAAUUCCUCUUUCAUUUAGGGGAGACAAUAUAACUGAGAGACUGCGAUCCUGACUGCAGUGUUUCAUCUCACUAAUUCUCCACCCCUUGCUUUUGUGAACUGGUGAAACUCCUUUUAUGUUUUAAGUUGAAUACACAGAAGGUGAUGGCUGGUGAUUCUCAUUACAUUUUGGGCUUCACUGGUUUUUGCUGCAAAUUAGAAAUCAAUUUGUCAAGAACUCUGAAGAUAUUCUUAUCUAAGUUGCUUGUUGAAUGUGCAGUUGUAGGGAUACAGUCCAGCUGUUAAAACACUUCAAAGUCCUAUUGAUUUAAAUGGAUUAAGCAUAUACUAAAUUGAAAACAAAAGGACAAAGCGCUUAACUUUUUCUGAAGCAUGCCUAUGAAAGUUGUAGCACUUAUUUUUUAUUUCAUCUCCCCUAAAUUCUGCACUUAAUUUUUUUAAAUACCAAGUCAGUUCACUUCAAAUCAUCAAGCUAUAUUGUCAGCAAGCUGAUAAUUGACAUACUUAACAGCUUGAACAUGAUUAGUGCCAAAUUAAUUUAAUUCCCCUUUUGCCAAUAAUAGUGGGCUUAUGCAGUUCGCAACAGAGCAAUAUAAAAUUACAUUUUAAGAAAUUAUUUAAAUGUGAUUUUAUGCCACUCAGUCUUGGAUGUUUUCAUUCCUUCUUUGUAUAUUGUAAGGGGUGGGCUAUUACUCCAGAUCCCCCACCCCUUUGAUGCAGACGUAGAAUUUAUUGCCAUGCAUAUUGAAUAUAGAAAUAUUAGAACUAAAAGAAACAAUUCUAAAAACAGGUUUAAAGAUAUUUUGAGUCUUGAUACUCCCUCUGUGGUUGGCUGUCUCAUCUCAUUAUCUGCAACAGAUAUUGAUUUUUAUCUUGCUAAUGCUAUUUAAUUUCUGCAGUGUUAUAUUUUGAUGUUGCUAACAUUGCUUGUUUUCUUGCUAUGCACCCAGAAAGAAUUUCCCUUUUUUAGUUUUUCCCAUAUGCAGCAUAGCAUGUGAAGCCAUAAUAUUUUCUGAUAAGAAGCAUCAUUGCUUGUACGUUCAACCAAAACAGAGACAUGCAAUUUACCAAAUGAUCCAAUGCAUCUCUUUCAUCUUUCCCAUUUUAGCUUUGUAAAAAGAGAUCAAUGGAGGGAGAGGUGGGUGGGCCGCUCAAGGCCCAAAAGUGUAAAUCAUCUUAGUAAAUCAAAGGUGCAACUGUUGAUUCUCCAGAUGUUUGGUACAACAACCUCCACAAACUCAUAGCACUAGUCAUGCUGGCAGAAGCUUCCGAGUUUCCAGAAUAUCUGGAAAGUCAAAAAUGUACUCAAGACAGGCAUAUUUUAAAUUAGUAAUUUGUGCAUUGACAUUUAUAGUGAAACGUAAAGUUUACCAAUGAGACAACAUUCUUAACAAGCAAUCCGCUUAUCACUCACCAAACAAAACGUGUGCAUCUUCAACAUGCCAAAAUAUUCUUUGUUGUUUUUGUUGCAACAGACUAACAGAAAUUCACACAUUACAAGUAUCAAGAAUAGUCGGAGGGCUUACUCUGUGCACAUUUCUUUUCUUUUUUUUUGGGGGGGGGGGCAUUUUCAGUGGCCAUAUGAAGUCUCCACUCUGCUCGGCCAUCCCACUCCCUUGAGCACAGCCAGUUAUUAGUUGGGGUUUUUUCCACUUUUGAUUAACUGGUUAGUUGAUAGAAACCAACUGAAGAAACCAGCUGCUUAUUUUAAACAAGCCAUGAUUAAUGUUAACCACAGAUAGUCAUUCAAUAUGAAAAUCAAAACAGAAGUUUCUAAACGCCUUCUCAAGCUUCAGAAGAAGUGGGAAGAAAGUGCGACACAAGAGCUUUCUAGAUUAAUUUGGCCCUCACAUGAUCAUAAUUUAGUCAAAAUGUUGCCCCCAAAGGCCUUUUUGACCCCCCACCCCAGCUCCCCCACCCCAUUCUGUUAGUUUAUAUAUCAAAAAUGGAGUGAAAGCAUUGUUCUCCAAGGUCCACUGAGAAGCAUGUAACCCUCCAAAUCCUGACCAUUUUUAGCCCUGAUGAAACAAAGCCACUGAAAAAGAUGGCCUUGUAUACUGAUCAGUACUCACCCCAUGUAUAUUCUUAGCAAGGAGCUAUUUAUGGGAAAUCACUAAACAUACAUUAAUUCUAUAUUUUAAAACUAGUCAUUUUAUUAUCCAGAUUUGGCAAGGACAGUUCUGAUAGUUCUCUAUUUACCCGUCUUUUCAGGUUAUUUUAAAAAGUUUCAGUGUCUUUCACCUCUGCCCACCUUGCCCUUUUAUUCUCAGUUUACCUCCAUUGCUGCAAAGUCAGCUUGCUGUCACUUAAUUCAGGGGAGGGUUGGGGAAGAAUUGUACCCUUCUCUGUAGACUCAGGCAAAAUGAAACUCUGUUUCUCCCAGCUUGCGUCUCCAUCCCGCCUUAAAUCACUUUUGUUACUUUGACCUUUGGCUACAUGCGCUCUGGUUUUCAUCUGUGAAAUGUUAACAGGUAUGCAUUAUUGCAUAAAGAUUUGACUUUUUAAGCAUCUGGAGGAGCACAAGUAUAUAGCAUUUUAAUGCAAUUAUGCCUAACAACUGCUCUCUGCAAACCACACAUGUUCUCAGCUAAAUCUUCCUCACCAACCAGAUUGGAGGGUAGAGCAUACAAGGUGUCAUGUCUGAGCACAUCAGUUAGAGCCUCUUUUGGAUUUUCCCCAAAUUUCCAGGCCAACAGAACUUGAAAGAAAAAGAAGUCACCUGAUAAAUAUUUGGUUCCCAAUAACUUUAAAAUGCUAUUGAAGUAAGCUGAAUACUUUUGUGACUUUCAAAAACAGGAAACUACAAUGAAGGGCUACUGUAAGCACUUGAAAGACUUCCAGCCUACACCAGAAACACAAUUCCAUUACCAAAAAAAGACUGUCCUGCAUUGGACUGAAAAAUCAUAUUGUUUGGAUCACAGCUAUAAUUUGCAUAUGUACUUGCAAGUAGACAAACUAUACAGCGAAAAAUGUUUGAGUAACCAAAUACAAACAGUAUAGUGCAGUACAUAUUUGUUAUUUCAUUUAUUUAUUCUGCUUAGUCUCAUGUUUAAUCCUUGAUGCUGUGUAAUAUAUAUAAUAUAUAUGUAAUAUAUAUAUAAUAUAUAUAUAUACAUUUAUAACAUGUAUAUACAGAGAUGCCUUUAGGUAUUCUAAUUUAGGCCAUCUAUCUUCCGGAAACUGAAUUAAGGGUUAAAUAUUUACAAAUGCCUACACAAAUACCAGAACUAUUCAAUGUACCUUCAUAAGAUGAUGGUUAUUUUAUUGCAUUGUAUUUCAACUGGUAUGCCUGUAGUCAUGGAGUGACAUUAUUUAAGACUUAUACUUCGCUCAUUUAGUUGCUUCCUAUCCUUAGAUAAAUACGUAUUACAAGACAGCCGAUUUGAACUACUUGUAAGGAAGCCAGUGUUCAUAAACUACUUUGUUAAUGAUGCAACCAUUUUUUUAUUGAAAUGUGAAAAACAAUUUACUUUUUUUACUCUAAUUAUGUAAAUAAUUUUUCUCCCCAUUACAGUGAGGAAUAAAUGUUAAGCUAUUGAAUAUAUAUUGGACAUUACAAAAUUCAGAUAUUCUUAUAUUAUUUGUAACUCUCCUAUAUAUUUGUUGGAGAAAAUGCUAUAAUGCUCAUAAUCUGUAAGACUGAAACUUGCUGCCAUUCCCUGGCAGAUGUAGGAUGUAGUAUUAAACUGCCUUUUAAUAAAUACUCACCUCUGCAGAUUAUAUUCAUAUACCUCUGGGGACAAGUGGAAGUAGCCUCUAUACCAGAGCGGCUGAUGGUGGCAACCCAUGUUGAUGUUUAGAUGUUAUUAUGUUAAGUAUCUGGCCUAGGUUCAACCACAUAUGACAGCGGCAAACUUGUUUGUUUAAAUGUUCAUGAUUUUAAUAACUUAUAAAAUGUGUGGCUGAAAGGAGCUGAACUUGUCACAGUGAACUUUCCUGUUAUCUGUUCCCUUAGAGUAAGGGUUGAAAGAAUAUUUUCUAUUGAAUUGAAAUAUUAUCUAUUCUCUGCUAUUCAUUUCCCAGUGGAUAAAUGGGCUUCCUGACAAUCAGGAAACAAGACUUCCAUGUAGUUCUCUCCUGGCAUUUGAUCAUCCCAAAGUGUUCUGGGGGAUGUUUCUGCACAGAAUGAUUCAUGGCUUAUUUGCAUAAAGGUCAUGUUUUCUGCAUAGAAAAUGUGGGUAUUUUGCACAAAAACAUGGACCUUGCUGUGCAGAAAAAUCCUUGGUGGGGUAGCACCCAAACAUGGGGAGAAAGCUGUGUGUGCGUGAAUACAUAUAAAGAGAAUGAGAAUAUAUAAAAAUGUGAACAAGAGAUCAUGUAAGUGUGUAACAUUUAAUUAAUAUUAGCAUUAGAUUCUACUUUGUAAUUGAUCAAGGUGAGUUUCCAGCAAGGCAGGGUACGGUGUCCCAGAACCAAUCUGGGUGCCAUUCAAUAUGAGAGAUUUGGCCUUGAAAAAUAAUCCAUACAAAUUUAUUUACAGUUGCCAGUAGAGUAGUAAAGGAAAUGUGACCCAGACAUAUAUAGUUUAAACAGGUUCUCACUGGUGCCUAUUUUAAGGUGGAGGCUGCUUUUCAAAGUCUGGAACUAUCUUGUCUGUUAUUAGAGGAAGUUGUUGCCCAGAUGUCUGAGAUGUUGUAUAAGACCUAUCGUGGUGUCAGCCAUAGCUUGUUGCCCCAAGCCCCUUCUACACUGCCAUAUAAUCCAGUUCAAAGCAGAUAAUCUAGUUUUUAUAUGGCAGUGUAGAAGGGGCCUCGGACAAUGACAGCUAUUAAUAUAGAGCAGGGAAAGAACCAAAGAGGAAACGAAAAUGGGCCCCAAUGUGUCUGAAACAGUAUCACAUCUCUGCAGCAUGGUUGCCUCUGAUGGCCUAGGGGAUAAAAGCCUUGUGACUUGAAGGUUGGGUUGCUGACCUGAAAACUGCCAGGUUCAAAUCCCACCCAGCUCCAUGCAGGGACAUGAGAAGCCUCCCACAAGGAUGGUAAAACAUCAAAACAUCUGGGCGUCCCCUGGGCAACGUCCUUGCAGAUGGCCAAUUCUCUCACUCCAGAAGCAACUCCGGUUGCUCCUGACACGGGGGGGGGGGGGGGGGGGGGGAAGCAUGGUUGCUGUUGAAAUGGAAGUACCUGGCCCAUUCCCAAACCCUCACCUAUGCCAAAUCACUAAUGUUUUAAUGCCAUGUUUUUAAAAAAUGCUAUUUUAUACAAAGAAUCUGGAGCCCCAACUGGAUGUAUUAUAAUCUGUAUUAUCCUGAGGGUUUUUAAAAAAAUGAAUUAGUGGGCAUACGUAAAAAUCUGAAUAAAACCUUUGUAGAAGCUGCUGGUACUGCUAAGCUUUAUUUCCAGUGUAAAUUAUGUACAGAGGGUUGUUUUCCACAAGAAUUGUAUCAUGGUAGUGUAGAACAAAAUUAGUGAAUUAAUGUAUAAAGUUCUGAACUUAGGAGGGUUUUUUUAAUUGUCUCACCAUUGCCAAUAUGUUUAACAACAUUAUUCACAUCAAUAAUUGAAACAGUUGUUGUAAAUGUACCUUGUUAAGCGCUACAUCUUUCUGUGCCUCAGUAGCUUUGUUUUCUAUGUCAAGGGUCAAAAGGAAGCAUGUGGGGUUUUUUUUUGUUAAAUCGCUUUCAUAAUAAAUCUGAAAUGAGAUAAA